CGAGCAACAAACGUGCCCAUACCUCACUUACCUUGGAACCUACCUAACUAGUACCUCCACUACCGAUACAGCUCUCUUCUCUUGUCAACUGCUUGUUCUGGGCUGCUUGUAUUGACCUGAAAGCCUCCUCCAGCAUUUACUUGACCGAUAUCUGGGGAGCUGGGGCUGUCCUCAGACUCUGAUUCCCUGUCACUGCAAACAGAAACUCUUUUGUGAGACGAUGAACGCGAUAGUGAUUUCCCGUGCGACAUGAUAUUCGGUCCCUUUGCGAUAGAAUCGAUAGACACUGCUUGACAGAGUCGCCUCGAAACACCUGACCCUCUCUCUUUCUCUUUCUCUUUUUCUUACUCACCAACACAAAGGCCAUUCUGCUGGUUUCAAGACAGCGCAAGGCUCUCUCGCAACAGCUCGAAGUUUGUGGUUCUCUGUUGUGUCGCUGGCGCUAUACUCGCCUAUCUCACUCGCCCAGAUGCUCGUCAGCAAUCAACUCAACACUUCAAUACCAAGCGCAGCCGCCAGCCAUGCCCUUUAACCAACAGGCCAUGACCUACAGAUUUCCAUCAGUGUCCUUUGUCCUGCAUUUUCAGUCAGUUUUGUUGCCUCGCCAAUAUACCCCGUUGUCAUGUUACCUCUCCUUCAAAUGUCCCCUCACGCGGUGACGCCGCCGCAGCAGUCGAAUCUCGAUACCCUCUCAACGUUUCCAAAUGCCGACGCCACUUUUAACGACCAUCACCCUCGCAAUGUCCCAGCGCCAUAUCAGCAGUCAUUUGCGAUUCGCACCUCUCGACCUCACCGGCACACUAUCCCGUACGGCUCAGCUCUUUAUCCGCCACGCCAAGAGCAUCAUUUACGACGAAAGACACCAAACGGUACUGUCGAUGCCGGAUACGACGGCUCGCCAUCCUUAUUCUCCCAUGGCCCCCCGCCUUCGAAACAUUUGGUUCUACCUCGAUCAGCGACGGCUACGGCAUUUCCCCUGACGGGCCCUCCAAUACGCCAAUCUCAUUUCAAUGGGAGCAUCGACUACCGCCGACCAUCUUCGGUCGGCAAUACUGGUCUCAGCGAUGACCUGCAAGCCCGUCCCGGAUCUUCCACUUGGGCUUAUGGGAGCGAUACGGCAUUGCAUCGUGGUGCACUUCCCACUAAUCAUUAUGGCCUUCACCAAGCCGAAGGCCAAUACAUUCCUCAAGGCCAGCCAGAAGCGCCGGGGGGGUUCCCUAAUCUUUACCAACCAAUAAUACGAGCUCACGAGUACAAUGUCAGGGCAUUUUGCCCACCCCCUAUAGUCAUGAACGAAUCGCUGCCUUUUGGUCAGCCAGGCAUGCAUACGCCAUGGAACUAUCAUGGUCGACCUGGCCUGGUCUCGGCAAGGCACGUUCAACCGCAGGACUUGCGCUCUUUCCAGCAGCAUUGUGGUUCUGAUUUCGCACGUCGUUCUCCCUUUGCUUCAGGUUUUGACUCUGAAACUCAGCCUCAUCCUGGAUUCGAUUCGAGCAUGCACACACAAUCAUAUAUUCGACCACCUCAUAUGAGCAGCCAACAAGGUUUCAGAGAGAAAGUAUUGUUACAGGCGCACAGGGUCUACGUUGAUCUGCUGGCAUACGCACAAACUAUCCGGAAACCGCAGGCUUCCAAAGGAGCAGCAGGUCACAACACGUCCCCCAAGCUUCUUGUUUACCCUAAACCUCCGAAACCUUCCUUGAGAAUAUCUGAAGCCGCACUUGGGCGAGAUCCUACAUUAUUCAACAACUCUUCCGAGAAUGAUUCGUACCAAGACUUCCAGUCAAGGGGACAUGUGGUACCCUACUUCCAGGGGCCGUAUAAUAGUUAUUCUUCUACGGGCAAUUCAACACUUUUCGCGGCAGCAAAGUCUAUUUUAGAUAUGCUCAGCAGUCUUUGCGAACAGAGUACCUGGAGCUGGAUCGAUGGGAUAAUGCUAGGGGGGUGUCUACAUUAUGGUCUAGAUCAAUAUCAAGAGGCAUUGGAAUGGUUCUCGAGAAUUACCGCCCUUGACUCGAGUCAUGUCGAGGCAAUUACGAAUAAAGCCGCCACUCUUUACUGUCUCGGUCGCCAAGACGAGGCCGAGAAACACUGGAUCAGAGCUGUGGAAGUGCAGCCUAGUUACUUGGAAGCUGUUGAACAUCUUGUUGGACUUCUUUACAAAAAGCGCAGCAAAGAGGCCGUCGAGAUCAUCGACCAUGUUCAACGGGCUCUAAGGGUAUUGCCGGCACAUAAUCAGCAAGCCGGUUCUCACGACCAGCUAGCGAAACCAUCUGGCUUCGCGUCCAGUGGCUAUGCCAUUCAUGGGAAAGAGAAUGGGCGUGUCCUGGCUCUCAUACACGCGAAGGGAACCAUGCUAUACAGUCUUAAAGAUGUGAACAGAGCAUCAGAGGCUUUUGAAGAGGCCGUCUUGAUCAGCGUAGGUCGCCAAAUGACUAGUAUACAGGAUCUUGUCCGUCAAAUUCAGACUGCCUUAUCUCCAACAGAAACUCCAGUCUCGCAUAGGAACGCUAGGCACGGUACUCGGCCCUUAUUACUCCCCCCUGAAAGGGCUCGUCAUACUGCACAGCUCGUCUUCGGCGGCACCGGUUCUCUACCUGGACUGCAGCAUGUAGCUGAAGGCUCAACCAAGCGAGCUGCUGUGCAGACCACCAGCAAUUCGCUGUUAUCGUUGGCUAAGAUAUUCCAAGAUUCUUUGUCAAGUGGGCAAGGAGCCCCGAACGUUCUACGUCGCCCUUCUGGGGUUGAAGAUAUCCUAGCCCUUUACUAUCUAUCACUUUCACUUCAGGAAAGCCCUUCCACGGCUAAUAAUGUCGGUAUCCUCCUCGCCGGCGUUCAACAGAUAGCUUCAAAUCCCCCAAGUCCAAAUGUUGAUGUACCUGCCCAUUCGAGCAUCCCCGGCAUAGUGCCAGGCAGCGGUCUGGCUUUGGCUUUGGCGUACUAUCACUAUGGCCUACGCCUGGAUCCUAAGCAUGUCCAUUUACACACCAACUUGGGAAGUCUGCUCAAGGACAUUGGACAAUUGGAUCUCGCGAUACAAAUGUAUGAACAGGCCGUGGCGUGCGAUGGGACUUUUGAUAUCGCCCUGACAAACCUCGCCAAUGCUGUCAAGGAUAGGGGACGCAUCAACGAUGCAAUAACGUAUUACAAACGUGCUGUGAGCUCCAACCCCGAAUUUGCCGAAGCCGUAUGUGGUCUUUCUACAGCGCUCAACUCUGUUUGUGACUGGAGAGGUCGCGGUGGGGUUAUUUUGAAAUCCGGGAAAUACGACCGAUGGCAUGUUGAUGACAAAGGUCUGCUCAUUGAUGCCCGUUCUUUCGGUCAUGACAGCGGCCUUGUCAAGCGUGUCGUACGGAUUAUCAAUCGCCAGCUGAGUGACGCAUCACAUUGGGGUCGGGGGGUUCUCGAUGAGAAGAAGAUCGCCUCGUUUACGCGGCAGAUUAAGGACCUGGGCCUGGUCACAUCAUUCGACCCUGAGCAAGCUCUUAGGGAAUGGAGCAACAAACCAUGGGAGGGCUCACGCGUGAUACGUUUGAUAGAACGUGCAGCUCGCGCAACACAAUGGAAAUGGUAUCAGGAUCAGCACGUCUCUGGCAGUCAAAAACGUACCCAGUACACUCGGCUUCGAUUACCCAGCGGGCUCAGCGUCCCUUCAGCACCAACCGUCCUACCCUUUCACACCUUCACAUGCCCCCUAUCAGCAAAGGACAUUCGAGUAAUUUCUCAGCGUAAUGGCAUUCGAAUAUCUUGUUCAACACUGCGGCUGCCAUGGCUCCCUUCCACCGUCUAUCCCCCACCACCUCCUCCUAACCCACACCUUAACAUAGGAUACGUAUCGUCGGAUUUUAACAACCACCCCUUAGCUCACCUGAUGCAAUCUGUAUUUGGAUUCCACAAUCCAAGUCGGGCACACGCCAUUUGCUAUGCUACAACCGCAAGCGAUCGAUCUGUCCACCGACAGCAGAUCGAAAGGGAGGCUCCUGUUUUUCGUGACGUCAGCAGUUGGCCCGCAGAUAAACUUGUAGAGCAAAUUAUCAAGGACGAGAUUCAUAUCCUUGUCAACCUCAACGGCUAUACAAGAGGGGCACGCAACGAAAUUUUUGCUGCACGACCUGCCCCGGUCCAGAUGUCCUUCAUGGGCUUUGCCGGUACUCUGGGUGCUGAGUGGUGCGAUUACAUCCUGGCUGAUAGCACAGCCAUUCCGCCAGAGACCCUACGUCCCUGGCGUGGAAACUUCAAAAUCGCCGACGUUUUCAAGGAUGAUACGGAGGGCGAGGAGGAAGACUGGAUGUACUCGGAAAAUAUCAUAUAUUGCCGGGAUACUUUCUUCUGUUGCGAUCAUGCUCAGUCAUGCGAUGCGAAUGAACGAUCAGUUACUUGGGAACAAGAGCAGAGGCGUCGCUGGAAGAUGCGAAAGGAGCUUUUUCCUGCUUUGAGCGACGACACUAUCAUCAUGGGCAAUUUCAAUCAGUUAUACAAGAUCGAGCCUACGACCUUUAGAACAUGGCUUAGAAUUCUGGCACAAGUGCCAAAGGCAGUGAUAUGGCUACUUCGAUUUCCGGAGCUCGGGGAAGCCAAUCUGCGGAGAACUGCUAGGGCCUGGGCUGGUGAAGAAGUGGCCAGUCGUCUGAUCUUCACAGAUGUAGCGCCAAAGAGUCAGCAUAUCUCGAGGGCUCGUGUGUGUGACCUGUUUCUCGACACCCCUGAGUGCAACGCCCAUACGACAGCGGCAGAUGUUCUCUGGUCAAGCACGCCCCUACUUACGCUUCCUCGAUACCCGUACAAGAUGUGCUCUCGUAUGGCCGCAUCAAUCUUGAAGGGCGCUCUGCCUAAAUCAAACGAAGGCCGAGUGGCUGCAGCAGAACUGAUCGCCGGAAGUGAAGAGGAGUAUGAGCAACGCGCAGUUGAACUCGCCACCGGCCUCAGUUACACCAUGUCCACGGAUGGCUAUGGUCACGGUGGUGGUCGCUUGGCAGAUAUACGCAAGUUGUUGUGGGAAAGCAAAUGGCACUGCGGGCUCUUCGACACGAAGCGUUGGGUGAAUGACGUUGAAACAGCCUAUGAGCAGGCGUGGCAACGAUGGGUUGCUGGCGAAGGCGGCGACAUUUAUUUAUGAAUGGGUAAGGAGCGAGGCAGCUCACGGUGUUACGGGUAUUGGGCGGAAAGGUACCUCUGUAUACAUACUCGAGGAUCUGGCAAAGGUCAGGGGUGUUGAAUGUGUAGAUGAGGUGUAUGGGUAAGCCGGAACAUGCUAUUGAGAGGUGUCUCUCAGGAUGGCGUUGGGGUGUUUUCCUUGGUAUUUUGACGUCGCAGACGGCUAUUUCUCUCUCAUUCGCAGCAAAUGGGCCCGAGUUCCGGACAUAUUCUCUGGAAAGAACCAGUUCAUCGAAUCGAUGCAUUAACUACCAUGUUCUGACAGACAGGUCGACAAAAUUAUACUAAUCCACUAUAUAUUGUAGAAUCGCAAGAAACAUGGGGGAGAAUGGCACUUGAUAUCGUGUCAUUGUUACUGGCCGCGCUCCGAUAAGAAAAACCCUUUGGAUGACAUUGCUGUGUUCUGUGGAGAAGAAGCAGCUAAAAAGAGGUAUAUCUGCAUAUCCAUACGGAGUGCAGGGUAGGCAAGGCACAUACAUACUUUGCGUGGUGUAGGGUGGGUGGGUUGACGUGCAUCAUAAUUCAUAAAUAAAGGAUGGGAUGGAUGGAUGCCGUUCGAAAAAGUUGAAAUGACUCCGGAUGCGGUUGGUUCUGGAGCAGAUCAUCCGCAAGAAGUAAAUGAUGUGACCAUGUCCCCAGCUGAGGUCAGGGUAAGCAGCAGGGAUCCGGACAACAAGACAGGGGUAAGAAAUGAUUUCAUUGGGCGAUGCAGACGUCAACUGAGAAGCCAGCUGAGCCGAGCUGAAAAGCCGUUGUCUGUUUCGCUUGGCACGACCCAAGAAGGGUUUGGACGCUGAAGGGAGGCCUGACGCCACAACGUUUUUCGUCUUUAGUGGCCGGUGUCGAAUGGAGCUUUGGAUUAGGGGCUCUAUUAACGUCCGGGCAGGGGAUACAGUAGGUAGGUAGACUGACUAUUGCCAAUAUCGUCAUCUGCCCAUCGGAGCCUCCCUCAUUCGGUCAAGAGAGAGGUACUGUAGGUCAUACAUGGAAUAUUUAUAGAGUAUGUACGGAGUACGGAGUAGCAUUCACCAAAGGGGCAGCUACUGUUGCUUUGCUUUGCCUGCCAGACCAUGGAGCACAGCACAUAAGACGGAUCCGAUGCUGUAAUGUCAGUAGAUAGAUAGAUGGAUGCCAAAGGAGGGAGGCUGCAGAGUGCAACAACGCAUUGUGGAUUCAAUAGUGACAGCCGUGAUGUAACCAUACCUUGCUUAAUUGAUUGACAUGAAGAUCCAUCCUUUCACGUAUGAAUAGUACGUGUGUAAGGCCCAAGCUGGCGGAUCUAUCUGGCUCUGCUCGCAAGUAUAGUAUGUAAUUAUGUACGGAGUACUAUGUAAACGCAAUACAGAGAGAGUACUGGGGCUCUUGAUAAGUCAAGACAUGUUAUGACCC